ACUGCCAGAGGGUAAAGAUGGCCCCCGAGUACGCCAUCGCUUCAGAUUCCCGUCCGGCAUCGUACGACGACUUUGGGUACCGCCGGACUCCGCCAGGACCGAGGAACCGUGAGAACUUACCGCUGACGCAUCCCCGAAUCUCGAAGCCAUGGCCGAAGAUAGCCUGGAAAUAGAAAUUCUAGACCGUCUAGAUAAAAAAUUGGGAUUUGUGGACCCCGAGGAGGAAGACAUGGCCGAGGAUCCACCCAGACCGGUUUCCUUGCCGUUGGGAGCAGCGAAGGCCUUCCUGCGCCCGACGCCGGUGAGACUAUCAGAGACAACACUAUCCAGGGGGAAGAUCCCAUCCGGAACCAUCGAAUCCUGGGGAAAAACAGGAGUCGAUAAAAAGUACCCGGCCACUAAGGCAAGGAUAAAGAAGAGUGCACAAACACUAGAACACCAAACCAACCAAUACGAGUACUUAUCAUCGUCCACCAGAAACGUUUGGACUAUGGGCCACCAGGUGUACUUCAAUAUCCGCCCGGGUUUAUGAUGGAGGUGUGGCCAAGGGGAGCAUACCAGAGCCACCUGUAACAGAACCCAAAUACUCUUCUGCAGCCGUUGCGGUCUACUGGGCACCUUCUCUCGGAAUUGUCCAUGUGGCGAUGCGAAGAACAAAGGUCCUGCACCGUCUCCCACAGAUCCAAUAAAUAAUUAACUUCGAACCGCUCCAGCCCAGAAGGAAGAACCACCCUCCCGGAAAGUGUCCAGGAAGCUUACCCAGGUCUGCCCAAGGUGCCAUUAUGUGGUCAAGACCUGCGACAAGGAGUCCCGUCAAUGACAGAAAUCACCGUACCGUUAUUCUGUACCAGACACAGAUAAUAAAUGAGAUACAUCCGUUCUGUCUGACUCUAUUCAACUCCUCUGUUACCGUCAGAAAAAUGCUUGAAGAGGUCAAUUUUUAUAUUGAAUCAGGCAGUGAUUCAAUAGUUUCGUGACUAACCUAAUAUUAAGCAGCUCCCUACUGCCAAGAGAAAUGGGAAAUGUUGAGCAGCCAGUGCAUCGGUUACUUGGAUUUCAUAGACAGGAGCAUAUACACCAAACAAAAAUACUACCAUGACGGAUAAGAUAUUAAUCCCAUGGCCCUGGAAUUUCUUGGGGUCCCCUCAAAUCGAGGAGCACGCCUCAAGAAGGCCAUGGAAGAUGGGAAUCCCACAUAUUCGAGCGAUUUCGGAUACCAGUUGUAUAAGGCUGACGAAUGGAUGUUAGUGAUUUUUUGUGGAGAAGAACGAAGCGAUCGCCUCAAAGUAGAAAUACCGUCGUGUAUGAAAGAUGAUGGCAGGACCUCCUACGGAACGGAAGAAUGUCGGACGCAGAAGCUGAAGCAGAGAUGGUCAGAGAGA